AUGUCGUCUCUGUCGACCGGUGAUGUCGCAUCGACACCGUCUGAGACGCAAACCUCGUCGGAGGGGGAUAUCGGAACGCCGAAUACACAGCCCACGCCCUCCCCUGAGGGAGAAGAACCGUUUGUAAGCUUUGAAGAGUGGAAAAAGAUGAAGAUGGCGGAGGAAGACGCCGAAGACAAGACGACACCGCUCCCGGCCCCUGAUCAAGCUACACAGGUGGACACCUCUCAGUCUCCCACAGAUCCUGUCUCGUCAUCUGGCGCAACGUCAGAGAAGACAGACAGCUCGUCAGUAAAGCAUUCAGAUGCUUCUUCAAAAUCACCCGUACCUUCGGCGGGCGUAAAGUCACAAACUUUCUCUUCCAGCUCCCAGAGCUCGUCCCACCAACCAUCGGCCACGCCCUUAACGCAUCACCACAACAAAUACAACUAUGCUUCGCCAGAUUGUUCAGCUCGUAUCCACUCUGCAUCCCCACACACUCAGCACCCUUCCUCACUACUUCACAAAUCCCGUGAUCGCUACAUGCUCACACCGUGUCGAGCCAACGAACACUGGGUAGUCGUGGAGCUUUGUGACGAGAUCAGGAUUGAAGCUGUCGAAAUCGCUGUCUGGGAGUUCUUCAGUGGGGUGGUGAGAGAGGUCAGAAUCAGUGUCGGUGGGGAGGAUGAAGAGGAAGAUGAGGAUGAUCCCAAUGAUGAUGUGCAAGGAAGAGGUCAAAAGUGGAAAGAGGUUGGAUCGUUUGUGGGACGAAACGUUCGAGGCUCGCAGACAUUCAAGCUCUCAUCCCCUACCUCAUUCCAUCGUUUCAUCCGACUCGAUUUCCCAUCAUACUAUGGCAGCGAAUACUACUGUCCCGUCUCGGCGCUCAAGGUCUACGGGAUGAACCAGAUGGAAGCUUUCAAGUGGGAGCAGAAGCAAUUCAGCGCUAUAGCGAAGGAGAAGGACCGAAAUGGUUAUAAAGAAAAGGAGAAGGAGCAAGAAGAGCGGAGGGCGAGAGAGAGGCAAGAGAAGGAGAAGAAAGAAGUGGAAGAGAGGGAUAGGCAACAGCAGAGGGAGAAGGAGCUGGAUGCGUUGGAGAAGCUGCUGCAUGAGCAGGCUGGGCGGCUGAAUUCAGAUACCAUGACAGAUUCUGGAAUCUUUCCUACCGUCGUGGAAGAGAAGCCUUCCAGCCCUUCGGCCCCUGAGACUGCCGUCCCCGUUUCAUCUGAUCCCAAGGCCAUAGAGAACGAGACAGACACUCGCUCCGACAGUUUGUUGCCAAGUGUAUCGUCAAGUGUAUCAAAAUCACAAGAAUCAUCCGAGUCUUCGUCUACUACGCCUGGCGAGACAUCUUCCGUCACUCCCUCAUCCAAACCAUCAGACUCGCCGACUACCCCACCGUCCUCAACAACCAGCACAUACACCCGUUCCCCUCCCCCUCCCCCUCGUUCCGACUCGUCCGAAUCCAUCUACGCUUUCAUCAUCCGCCGGCUCAACGCCCUCGAAGGCAACUCGUCCCUUGUUGCGAGAUAUAUUGAAGAACAAGCCAAAGUGAUGCGGUCUAUGUUGAAGAGGGUAGAGACCGGGUGGGAUGAGUGGAAAGGGGACUGGGAGGGUGAUGAUAGGUGGAGGUGGCAGCAAGAGCGUAUGAGGCAGGAGGACAGAUUGGGCAAGGUCAUGUCUCAACUCGAGCAGCAGAGGGCUGCUUUUGAAAAUGAACGCCAAGCCAUACAGACACAACUCAGAGUCUUGGCUGAUGAGCUGAGCUAUGAGCGUCGCAGGGGCAUCGCCCAGCUCAUAGUCAUGAUCACUGCUAUCGCUCUUGGUGUGGCCUCUCAAAGCCGUACCAUCGACGCGUUUAUCAGCCCUCUCCUCACCGAAGCCCGCCGUCGAAAGAACAUAUACGACCGAAAAAGCAUAUCUGGCCCUCUGACGGGUCUUCGGAUUGAUAUGGGUGCUGGACGACCCCCUGCUAUCAUCGGUCAGCCGCGGCCCCGCGCUCCCUCAGACUCUGCACUAGGAAGAUCUCCUGCUUCUCCCACUCCCACACCCAAGGUCAGAGGUCUUUCCCGGCACGGGUCCAGCUCCAAUUCCAACCGCCGCCCGACCACGCCAGGCAAGAAACGCGCCCCACAAUUGGUCACACCAGCCUUCCGCUCAGUUUCUGAUGCGCGUUACGACUUUGCCUCGCCCAUUGCUUCUGUACCCAAUACAGCUUUGGAUGUGGCUGCCAGUUUGGUAUCGCCGAGACCCAGAGUAAGCUUUCCGGGCAACCCGAGGGCGCCGCCAAGAAAGCUUGCUAGGAGCUCACAUCUGCAUACAAUAGAGGCUGAUCGAGUGCGGGGACAAGUGCAGAGUAGUGGAUAUGAUGUGGACGGUGGCAGUCCAUUGGAAGUUGUAAAGAGGCGAAGGCCGAGGUCCUCUCUGGCCAACGGAAGUAUCAUCACUGGAAGCCCGGUGUUCCAUCGUGGGCACGACGAGAAUGGGGCAGUGUCAGAUAGAACAGUGGAAGAUAGUCAAGGGGAAUGGGGAACAGAGACCGAUUUCGAGACCGAAGCGUCGGCUUCAGAGAUUGAUAGUGAAAUGGACAGGGGGGCGGAAGGGGAGCCAGGCAAAUCCCAGACACCGCCGAGCUAUCCUGGGGUGUUUUUGGAAAAGGAGGCAGAGGUGAGAUCGAGAGAUUGA